AAAGUGCGUGAGUGUGGAGGCACUCAGCCUCUCCAGCGACCAAAACAAACAUGGCUCGGCGUGGUUGUGUCCAGGUGGAGCAGCCUCAACUGAGUCAAAUUAGUUACCUGCAGCCGGAGAUCCUGCCGGUGGAGGUGAUGCUGGAUGUCCUGAAGAAGAGAGGGAUAAAGUCUGCUAACCUACAUCAGGCAGAAAGAGCUCAUAUCAUUACUCUGUUUCACAAAUAUGUGAGCCCCAAGCAUCAGCGUGAAUAUCGGGACAAUCGCAGGGGCAAAAUACUGACGAAGAUGAGACGGAAGCUAGAGAAGGAUUCAGGUGAAGAAGACUGGAAAAAGCUUGUGAUGGAGUCAAAGGACAGAUCUUCACUCAUUUCCUCAACAAAUGUUGUUUUGGGUGACUCUGCUGCCAGAGAAAGAUUGAAGCCACCUCCUUCUACCAUUAAUUCGGACCGCAAGAAAAUCAAGUUAGCUGCCACAGCUAAUACUUCAGGCACAACUCUUGAUUUUAUUGUCAUCAAGCGGAGAAGUUCAGAAGAUAGCGAAUUAUCUUCGAGUAAUAAAUUACAAAGAUUGCCACAAGAAGAAAAAUCUCAGAAUAAAAGAAAAGAUUCAGAGGAAUGUCAGAAGGAAGCUAAAAAAAUAAAACUUGUGAAUGGUCAAGAAAAAUCAACUUCGGAAGGAGUAUCCUCUGAAGAUGAAAAGAAGUUAAAAUCAGAGAGAAAACCCAUCAGUUGGCCCUAAAAAAAUUACUGAAUAAUUACAGUUAUGAAGGGUAAAAUUCUAACAUUCUCCAUGUUAUUUUUCAUUUAUUGUAGGUUAUGUUGAAGACACAGAGAAUUGGCUUACGUAUUGCCUUAACAUGCAAGAGUGACCAUCUUUAUGGAUGUUGUAGUCAACCACAACCCCACAACCCAGCUCAGCCAUUGAUCUAAGUCUGAUUGGUUCAGCAUACUGCAUACCACCAAUAAACUCAUUACUAUUAUGCUAUCUUAGGUAAUGUAUUGUAAAAGGAUGUCACAACUGUUGCCAUGAACAUUUUGCUUACCUUGCUGAGUAUCCUUGUUUACACACGUCAGCAGUUGCUUGGCAUUUUGUUUUGUCCGUAGAACCCGAGUGUCUAUGUUAAAAGUAGGGUUCAUUCAAGUCAUAAUAUCAUUGCAAUCUGUCACAACUGAAAAAUAAUGAAAGACUUCCUGUGGAGUGAGUCUAUGCAUUCACUGGACUGGUGUUUGAUUCAAAAAUUUCAAAAUAUUUAAUAAAGUAUAAUUUUCCUUUUUUGAAGUGAUUUUGUAAUUUAAUGUGCUCAACAGCACAGUCUAUUGUUUCCAGCAAUAAAAUCUAAUACUUGUUGGUACAAAAUAGCAAAAGACAACAAUUAUUGUAUUCAACAGAUCUGUGGAAAAGGGGUUCAUAUUUUUUUUUUUAAGUAUACAUAUGUAUGUAUGUAUGUUAAUUUGUAUUUACUUUUCCACUGCGUCUGAAGAUAUCAAGUUAAACUUAGCAAAAUACAUUAGAACAAUUUCGUGUUUACAGGUAAUAUGAACUUCAGAGUUAAUUUAUAAAUUUCUUUACAAAUUGAAAACAUAAAAAAUACAGAAACACUUGAACUAUCUAUCUAUCUAUCUAUCAUAUAUAGCAGAUCAAGCAGAACCCUGCGAACAUAUUUAGGCAACUCCACAUAUAGUUACAUAUAGACACAGACUUUAGUAUAAUUUUGUACCGUACAGUAUAUAUUAAUGUGGACAGAAAAUUGAGCUGCAAUUAGGAGUUGUAUAAAAGUUCUACGUUAAUUUGACUAUAUUAAAAAAUUAAUAUAAAGUGUAUGUGACAGUUUAAUUUCAUGUGAAUAUCUUGUAUUACCAAAUACUGUAACACUUUGCAUGAAAUUACUCUUUCUU